AUGGGCAGUGCUGUCCUAUUUACUGCAGUCACAUUCUUGAUUACUCAUUGUGUUAUGUCACUAGCUUUUCCAGUUCAAGACAUCAGCACAGAUAAAUCCGCAUUGAUGGUUUUGAAGUCUCAUCUUUCUUUUGGUGCUGACAAUAUUGUCCUGGAGAAGAAUUGGACUGCAGAAUCAUCUGUUUGCAGCUGGAAAGGCGUAGUUUGUGACGCUAGCGUUAAUCGAGUUUCGAGUUUGAACAUCUCUAAGAUGGGCCUCAUUGGUACCAUUCCUCCCCAUUUGGGAAAUCUUUCUUUUCUCAAUUAUCUUGACCUGAGUCACAACUUUCUUCAUGGAGAUUUCCCUGAAGGGAUUGGUCAGUUGCCAAGAUUAGAGUAUCUUGAUUUAAGGAAUAACAGUUUUAGAGGGGUGAUAUCGCCAUCGAUAUUUAGCUCUUUAUCAAAUCUUCGAUCCUUGUGUCUUUCGAAUAACACAUUUUCAGGCAGCAUUCCUUCCUCAAUUUCCAACAUGUCCAAACUGGAGAUUCUAGUUUUGAGUGGUAAUAUGUUAACCGGGAACAUCCCGAGGGAGAUAGCUGAUCUCCAUUCUUUGACAGUCCUAAGCCUGCAUUCUAACCAACUUAGUGGGCCUAUACCACUUGGUUUUUUCAAUCUUUCUCUCCUUAAAGUCCUGGUGCUUAACAAGAAUGAAUUUGAUGGUCCUAUCCCGGCAUAUUCAUAUGGAAGUGCAGAGUUGGAGGUUCUAUCAUUGUCAUUUAAUGCAUUCACUGGAAAGAUACCGAGAGAAAUUGGGAACUUAUCUAUGCUAGUGCAUUUGGAUAUUGGUGACAAUCAUUUGACAGGAUCGAUACCAACUGAGAUUGGUAAUUUGCGUAGGUUGGAAACGUUAUCGCUGGAUGACAACCUCUUAAGUGGUUCUAUACCUGCAAGUGUAUUCAACAUUUCAACACUGGAACACAUUUCCUGUCCGGGAAAUAAGCUAUCAGGCAACCUUCCAACUAAUUUGGGUUCAGGGACUCCAAACCUUAUGAAUCUGAUUCUAUCAGAUAAUAUCCUUAUGGGGACUAUCCCUAAUUCCAUCUCAAAUGCUACAAAACUCACUACUUUAUCCCUGGCUGAUAACGGGUUCACAGACUUGAUGCCUGAAACCUUGGGAAAUUUAAGAUCCCUUCAACAUCUGUUCCUAGGGGGAAACAAAUUGAAGAUCAAACCUUCAUCUUCAGAGCUGAGUAUCAUUACUGCAUUGACAAAUUGCAGAAACUUAGUUCAAGUUUGGAUUGGUCAAAAUCCAUUGUACGGUGUACUCCCAGCUUCCAUUGGUAACUUCUCCACCUCUGUCACUCUUUUCGAUGCAAGUGGAUGCAAAAUCAUGGGGCCUAUUCCAGCAGAAAUCGAUACAAUCUGCAACUUACAGCAACUUGGGGACUUAUAUUUAGGAAGGAAUCAAAUUUCCGGUCCUGUACCAUCAUGCAUAGGAAAUAUUACUUCUCUUAGAGAAGUUUAUGUAGAUUCCAACAAUUUCAGCUCUGGACUGCCACCAAGUUUGUGGAAAUUGAAAGAUCUUGUGAUGUUCAAUGCAUCAGCGAAUUCGCUUACAGGUCAUCUACCUCCUGAAAUUGCAAACCUGAAGGUUAUAACAUCCAUUGAUUUGUCCGUGAACAGAUUAAGUGGACUAAUUCCUAGCGAAGGCCCUUUCCAGAACUUCACAGGUUCCUCAUUUAUGUCAAAUGCUGCCCUUUGUGGAGAUUCUCGGUUCGAAGUGCCUCCCUGCCCAAUCAUUCACUCCAAUAGAAGAACCCGUUUAAUCAUGCUCAUCUUUCUUGUGAUUUUCCCAACAUUUCUUGCGUCAAUUUUUAUGGCUAUCCUGUUGAUCAGAUUGGUGCACUGUGAUGUGAAGCCGGGAAAUGUAUUGCUCGACAAAGGCAUGGUAGGACAUUUAUGUGAUUUUGGCAUUGCAAAAAUAUUAAGUGUUAGAGAUGGAGUUGAGUGCACCAAAACCAUUGGAACAGUGGGAUACAUUGCGCCUGAGUAUGGAAUUGAAGGCUUAGUUUCCACCAAGUGCGACGUUUAUAGUUAUGGGAUCAUGUUGAUGGAAACUUUCACUCGAAGGAAACCUAGUGAUAACAUGUUUACUGGUGAUAUAACCUUGAGGAGCUGGAUAGAAGAUUCAUUUCCAGAUGAAAUUGUGCAGAUUGUUGACCGCAACUUGUUCAAUCCAGAUGAGCAGGAAUCAGAUUUUGAGGCUAAAAUGCAGUGUGUUUCAUCUAUUAUGGAGCUUGCAUUGCAAUGUACUGCAACAACACCUGGUGAAAGAAUGAACAUGCAAGAUGUUGUUCCAAUACUCAAGAAGUUGAGAAAAACUGCAGUCUUGGCUAUUCAUUUUGUCAUGCCAUUAGCUCUACAACAAACCCUUGAUACAGACAAAUCCGCGUUGUUGGCAUUGAAAUCCCAUCUUUCUUUUGGCCCUGACAAUAUUUUUGUGGAGAAGAAUUGGACUGCGGAAUCAUCUGUCUGCAGCUGGGACGGCGUCGUCUGUGAUCCUCGCAUUAAUCGAGUUACAAGAUUGAAUAUCUCUAUGUUGGGCCUCAGCGGUAGCAUUCCUCCCGAUUUGGGAAAUCUUUCUUUUCUCAAUUUUCUCGAUCUGAGCUACAACUCUCUUCAUGGAAAUUUCCCUGAAGGGAUAGCUCAGUUGCGCGGAUUGCAGUUUCUUAAUUUAAGCAAUAACAUUUUUAGUGGGCCGAUUCCACCAUUGAUCUUUAGCUCUUUAUCAAAUCUUCAGUCCUUGUGUCUUUCGGGUAACGCAUUUUCAGGCAACAUUCCUGUUUCGGUUUCAAACAUGUCGAAACUGGAGAAACUAGAUUUGGGAGAGAAUGUCCUGACAGGGAACAUCCCAGGGGAACUGGCUGAUCUUCGUUCGUUGAAAGUUCUGGACUUACACUCUAACCAGCUUACUGGUCCUAUACCGCCCGAUAUUUGCUUUAAUCUUCCAAUGCUUGAAGGCUUGGUCCUUCACCAUAAUGAGCUUGAUGGCCCGAUUCCCGCAAGUUUGGGUAAAUGCUCAAACCUGGAGGGUCUAAUAUUAUCAUCUAAUGCAUUUACUGGAGCAAUACCAAGAGACAUCGGCAACUUAUCUUCGCUAGUAGAAAUAAGCCUUGGUGGCAAUCAUUUAACUGGGUCAAUAGCAGCUGAGAUUGGCAAUCUACAAAGAUUACAAUGGUUGUCACUUGGUGAUAAUUUGUUAAAUGGCUCCAUUCCUGAAAGUAUUUUCAACAUUUCAACAAUACAAGUCAUCUCAUGUUCAGAAAACAAUCUAUCUGGUAACCUUCCUAUGACUAUGGGCUCAGGGAUUCCAAAUCUUGAAGAACUAAGUCUAGAAGUUAAUAGCCUCAGCGGAACUAUCCCUGAUUACAUCUCAAAUGCUUCAAAACUCACUGAUCUGUUUCUGAGUAACAACAGUUUCACAGGUUUGUUACCAGAAAGCCUAGGAAGUUUGAGAUCCCUUGAAAACCUAUUCAUUCGGGCAAACUACUUGAAGAUCAAAUUUUCAUCUUCAGAAAUUAGCAUCAUCGAUUCAUUGACAAAUUGCGAAAACUUGACUGCUGUUUCGAUAGGCCAAAAUCCUUUCUACGGUGUACUCCCAGCUUCCAUUGGUAACUUGUCUAAAACGCUCACUUUCUUUGAUGCCUCUGGAUGCAAAAUCAGCGGUACUAUUCCAGCAGAAAUCGGUAACCUGAGUAACGUUUUCAAGAUUGAUCUCUCUUACAAUGACUUAACUGGAAUUAUUCCAAAUACAGUUGAAGGAUUACAAAGCAUUCAGCAGUUGCUUCUAAAUGACAACCAGAUAGAAGGGAUACUGCCAGAUACAAUUUGUAACUUACAAAAUCUUGGCGAAUUGCGUGUGGAAAGGAAUCAUGUUUCGGGUCGUGUUCCAUCCUGCAUAGGAAAUAAUACUUCCUUGAGAUUUCUUUACCUGAAUUCCAAUAAUUUCAGCUUUGUCUUACCACCAAGCUUCUGGACACUGAAAGACCUUGUGAUAUUCAAUGCAUCCGCAAAUUCGCUUGGAGGUUAUCUACCACCUGAAAUCACAAACCUAAGGGCCAUAACAACCAUUGAUUUAUCCAUGAACAGUUUCAUUGGAAAUAUUCCAUCCUCUGUUGGAACAUUACAGAACCUGGUUUACCUUUCGUUGGCGCAAAAUGGAUUCCAGGGCUCCAUUCCUGAAUCAUUUCACCAGAUCCCGAGUUUGGAGACAUUAGAUUUGUCUCACAAUAAAUUAACUGGAGGAAUCCCUCAGACAUUGGAGGCUUUACUCUACCUGAAAUGGUUCAAUGUCUCAUACAAUGGAUUAAGCGGACAAAUUCCAAGCGGGGGACCAUUCCAAAACUUCACAGGUUCAUCAUUCAUGUCAAAUGCUGGCCUUUGUGGAGCUGCUCGAUUUGACGUGCCUGCUUGCCCGAAGAACAAUCACUCCGACAGAAAACUACAUUUAAUCAUACGCAUCUAUCUGGUGGUUUUUCCAUCAAUUGUUGUAACAUUUUUAUUGGCAUUCCUGUUGAUCACAUGGAGAACAAGAUCAAGAGCUCCAAUCCAAACUGUUGAAUCACCAGAUAUUAAAACCUAA